UGCCUGACCCAUUCCUAGUCCAUCUGUCGGAUCCCGAGCCACCUACCCUGACCUGAGCCCGCGCGCGGCUGGCGAGCCGGACUGAGAGAAUUCCCUGAGCUGGUGUUAGGUGCUACGGGCACUGAGGAUCUCACCAGGAGGGGACGCACGGAGCUAGGGGCCAGCAAGAUGGCGGACGAGGCCUUAGCUGGGCUGGAUGAGGGAGCCCUGCGGAAGCUGUUGGAGGUCACCGUGGAUCUGGCAGAGCGGCGGCGCAUCCGCUCGGCCAUCCGGGAGCUGCAGCGGCAGGAGCUAGAGCGAGAGGAGGAGGCCCUGGCAUCCAAACGCUUCCGUGUUGAGCGGCAGGACAACAAGGAGAACUGGCUGCACUCUCAGCAGCGAGAGGCCGAGCAGCGGGCUGCUCUGGCGCAGCUGGCAGGGCGGCUGGAGUCCAUGAACGAUGUGGAGGAGCUGACUGCGCUGCUGCGAGGGGCCGGUGAGUAUGAGGAACGCAAGCUGAUCCGGGCUGCCAUCCGCCGAGUCCGGGCCCAGGAGAUUGAAGCGGCCACCUUGGCUGGGAGGUUGUGCGGUGGGCGUUCCAACAGUGGCUCAAGAGAGGACAGCAAGGGGCAGGCCGCACAGAGGCUGGAGCGGUGUGAGGCGCCAGAGCCAGAGGAACGGGAGCAGCAGGCAGAGGUCCCAGAGCCACCCCCCGAAGUCACCAGUCGGGAUGUGACCACCGUGACGCUCCUGCUGCAGGUGCCCCCUGGGAGCACAUCCAGCUCACCUGCCUCACCUGACAAUUCCCCCCCCACUGCCUCUCCUGAGCCUCCACCAGAGCCUGCCGAGGCCCAGGGCCCUGCCGCUGAGGCUCUGCCUGAGCCCCAGGAGUCUGCAGCCCCCCGCAGCCCUGAGAGACAGGAGGUCAACGAGCUCCUGCGUGCCCCCACAGAGCCCCCUGCGGCCCAAGGCCCCGCCAAAGGCCCUUCCAGCACAAAGAGAGCAGGUGAACCCCACCCCUGCCAACGCUCCGUGCUCAGCCCCCGCCAGCCAGCCCAGAACCGAGAGCCCACCCCUCUCGCCAGUGGACCUCCCUCAUUCCAGCGGGCCGGCUCCGUGCGGGACCGCAUGCGCAAGUUCACGUCUGAUUCUCCAAUGGCUCAGGAUGGCCCACCUCGGGCACCCCUAGGUCCCUCGACCCCCGCAAGGCUCCCGGGCUCCUCCCACGUCAGCACCACCCCUGCCUCCUCCUCCUCCAGCCGCUCCUCCACCCGGGGCUCCAGUGAUACCUCCUCCCGGUUCAGCAAAGAGCAGCGAGGAACAGCCCAGCCCCUGGCCCAGCUUCAGAGCUGCCCCCGGGAGGAGGGCCCCAGAGGGCGGGGCUUGGCUGCCAGGCCCCUUGAAAAUGGAGCAGGGGGGGCCGGGGCCUGCUCAGAGGAGCCCGGUGCCCUGCUGCCCGUGGCUGUCGGCACUGCCGAGCCAGGGGCCAACAUGAAGACGACAUUCACCAUUGAGAUCAAGGAUGGCCGUGGCCAGGCCCCCACAGGCCGGGUGCUGCUGCCCACAGGCAGCCAGCGGGCAGGUAGGCCUCUUUUUCUGCGGGCGCCCCCCACCCUUCUCAGCACCAGCAGUGGGGGCAAGAGUACUAUCACCCACAUCAGCGGCCCUGGGACACCGGCCCGGCUGGGCGCUGUCACUCACGUCACCAGCUUCAGCCAUGCCUCUCCCGGUGGGCAAGGAGGCCGCAGCAUUAAGAUGGAACCAAAGCCAGCAGAGCCCCCCUCUGCUGCAGUGGAAGUGGCCAAUGGCACUGAGCAGACCCAGGUGGACAAAACACCAGAGAGGCGGAGCCCACUGAGCAGCGAGGAGCUGAUGGCCAUUGAGGAUGAGGACAUCCUGGACAAGAUGCUGGAUCAGACGACGGACUUCCAGGAGCGGAAGCUCAUUCGGGCGGCGCUACGUGAGCUCCGACAAAAGAAGAGAGACCAGAGGGACAAGGAGCGGGAACGGCGGCUGCAGGAGGCGCGGGCCAGGCCAACGGAGGCCCGGGGCAACGUGGCCACCGAGACCACCACGCGGCACAGCCAUCGGGCAGCCGACGGCUCAGCUGUCAGCACUGUCACCAAGACCGAGCGGCUCGUCCACUCCAAUGAUGGCACGCGGACAGCCCGCACCACCACGGUGGAGUCGAGUUUCGUGAGGCGCUCGGAGAAUGGUGGUGGCAGCACCGUGGUACAAACCAAGACCUUUUCCUCCUCAUCAUCCAAGAAGAUGGGCAGUAUCUUCGACCGUGAGGACGAGACCAGCCCGCGAACCAGCACCCUGGCUGCGCUGGAGAAACGCCAGGCGGAGAAGAAGAAAGAGCUGAUGAAGGCGCAGAGCCUCCCCAAGACCUCUGCCUCCCAGGCGCGCAAGGCCAUGAUUGAGAAGCUGGAAAAGGAGGGCGCUGCGGGCAGCCCUGGCGGACCCCGUGCAGCGGUACAGCGCUCCACCAGCUUUGGGGUCCCCAACGCCAACAGCAUCAAGCAGAUGUUGCUGGACUGGUGCCGAGCUAAGACGCGUGGCUACGAGCACGUGGACAUCCAGAACUUCUCCUCGAGUUGGAGCGACGGCAUGGCCUUCUGUGCGCUGGUGCACAACUUCUUCCCCGAGGCCUUUGAUUACGGGCAGCUCAGCCCGCAGAACCGGCGCCAGAACUUUGAGGUGGCCUUCUCCUCCGCCGAGAUGCUGGUAGACUGCGUGCCCCUGGUGGAGGUGGAAGACAUGAUGAUCAUGGGCAAGAAGCCCGACCCCAAGUGCGUCUUCACCUACGUCCAGUCGCUCUACAACCACCUGCGGCGCCACGAGCUGCGCCUGCGCGGCAAGAAUGUCUAGCCUCCCGCCCGCACGGCUGACCCGG